CCGAGCUAGAGCACAGAACUGAAGGAGAGAGAGAGAGUGAGAGAGCACAACAACGCAGUAGCCUAUAACCGAAAUAUACUCGACUCAUACAGAUAAACCAUCACCCCACGGGACAAGAUGGGGAGGUUGUGCGAGUUGGCUGUUCUGUCCCUUCUUAUUAUGUGUCUCCUGAGCACUGAUUCCACAUGGGCUAAAAGAAGCAGCAGCAGCAGCAAGAAAACAUCGUCUACCAGCAGCAAGGGUGGGACACAGUCAAAACCAUCUCAGUCUCAGCCAGGAAGCUACCCCAGACAGCCACAGAGUCCCAAUCGAAACACCAAUCCAUACCCUUCUGGUGGAAGUUACCCUUAUCCUGGAACAGGCACUAAUUCAGGAGGAUAUCCCAGACAAAACCCAGCAAGUUAUCCAGGAGCUGGUAGUAACCCCAACCAGCAUCCUGGCAGAGCCAAUCCUGGAGGUUAUCCAAACCAGAAUCCUGCAGGUGGCUAUCCCGCUGCAGGUGGAAACCCAGCCGCUGGAGGGUAUCCUAACCAGUAUUCACCCGGUGGGGGCUAUCCAGCAGCAGGUGGUUAUCCCAACCAGUAUCCUGGCAGAGCCAAUCCUGGAGGUUAUCCAAACCAGAACCCUGCAGGUGGCUAUCCCGCUGCAGGUGGAAACCCAGCUGGAGGGUAUCCUAACCAGUAUUCACCCGGUGGGGGCUACCCAGCAGCAGGUGGCUAUCCCAACCAAUACCCAGGCAGAGCUGGUACCAACCAGGGAGGAUACCCUAACCAGUACCCUGCUGCAGGAGGCUACCCAGCUGCUGGGGGCUACCCAGCAGCAGGUGGCUAUCCUAACCAAAGCCCAGGCAGGGGAGGUAUCAACCCAGGCGGCUACCCAUACCAGUAUCCAGCGGCUGGCGGUUACCCAGUCAGAGGGGGUAAUACAGGACAGGGUUGGGGUGUACCUGGUUCAAAUCCAGGAGGUUACCCUGGUGGAGCAGUUGGUGGUUACCCCAACUGGAACCCAAAUAAUAAGAUCCUCAGUCCCCGCUUUGGUGGAGGAGGCUAUGGAUAUGGUGGUAAUGGGAUGGGAGGGUCUCCUUUCUCUCGUUCUGUGCAGAAUAUGGGAUACAAGCCCAAGUCAAGUAGUUUUGCCAAAAAAGCCAUAGUGGCUGCGGGUGUUGGUGCUGUAGCUGGGAUGGCUGUUGGCUAUGGACUCGGGCGCUUCCCUCGACCACAUUUCGGUUUCCGCAACCCUGAAGAGGAGUACUAUUACAACAACUACAUGUACCGCCGUUAUGGCUCCCACUCCACAGAUGAAAAAGAUUUUGGCCGUGAUUAUGUCUACAACCCUCCACCACGGGCAGAGACCUACGAUAACUUCAUGGACCGGUGUAUGAAUAGCACUGCCCCUCCGAAAGAUCAGGGCAGCAGCUCCUCCACUCCUAAGAGUGGAGGUGAUGAGGAGGAUGAUGACACUGUCAGCAUUGAGGAGAUUGGAUACCCAGCACUAAUUGAGCAAGUGAAGGCCCGGCGCUGUGUUGAGCAGUACAUGGUUUAUUCUGAGCGCUUUCUACAGGAACGAAAACCUGAGCAAUUGCAGCACAGUCGGAGCAGCCCUCUGAACCACGGGGUGAUCCAACUUUUCACCUCCCUCUUCAUGCUACUUUCCAGCAUGCUCCUGCUCCAGUGAAAACAAAUAGCCUUCCUUUAACCAUACCCCAAAUAGGUUUCUAAUUCAUUAUACCUGCACGUCCACAGUCUGCUAAUGGAUAUUAUCUCUACAUUGCAAAGCAUAGCUGUACACUUACAAGUUGCUUGGGUUAUACUUAGUCAACCAUUUAUUAUCACCGCAGAAAACGAUCAGAAGAUAACAAAAUUUCCAUGUAUAAAUAACGAGUACAUUUUACGGGACAGCAGUCAUGUUAAAAUCUCACAGUUCGGUCAUCAGUUUUUUGUGUUGUACAAGCUGCACUUAUUUUUUCUGUCAGUUUCUCUCCAACAAUUAAUUUUGCACUUUGAGCACUGAAUGCAUAGAAAACGGAUUCAGGGAAUUUAAGUUCAAUUUUUGUGACAAUUUAUUAUGACAAUAUAUCUGCUGUGUAAAAUAAGCAUGUGACAUUAAGAGUUUUAUAUAUGUGCAGGUCAUCAAUUCAUGCUUUCAUCUGUACUGGACAAUUAAACAUACAGACUUUUCAAUUGGUGAAAUAUGCCGAAAUAUCAAAAGGAAAAGUUCAUUAGAUUCAAAGAAGAAAUAAUAAUAAUUUGGCAGUGGGAACAAAAUUUGAGAUAAUUCCACAAUGUGGUCUGCCAGGGUUUUUCACCACAUCCAUUAGGAGUGAUUAGGUUUAAUGUUUGGCUCUGCAUUGUUGUCAGAUGGCCAAGACGAAACCUUUACAAGGUCGCAAGACUGGCUAUGUGCACAGUUUGGUACAAACAUGUGCCCAAAUGGUGUUUACAUAUGGCAAAAUGAUAAAACCUAGAGGGAUUCCUUGGAAGUCAUUAUUAAGUCAUACUUACCACAUGUCCCCCAAAUUUGUAAACAUCAUUCAAAUGCACUGGUAGAUAUUGAAGGCUAUCUUUUGCAGAACUGACGAUUUUCCCAUGGACAGAUGUUUUUUUUAAUCACACAAUAAAUAGUUAAAGGUGCAAUAUUUAAGUUUUUUCUAUCGCUACAUAGCCAACGUUAGCAUUGACAGUUGUUUAUUUACGGACUUUUUUUCCUGUACUCGCCAAGAGCGGUGGAAAGCUUCACCAAUGUUAACUCAUGUUUUGAGCCCAUUUCUAUCAUUUCUUUUGUCUACUGCUAAACAGCUAUCUUGCAAUACUUUGCGAUAGCGAGUCACCGUCGUGUCCAGUCUUCUCCCAUUCAGCAUGAGAGGAUGAAGAAGUAGUGCGGCUCAGAGGGCGUAUUCUAAGCUCUUAACUUGUAAACACAACAAUCGCUGAAGCUCUUGGCAAGUGAUCAUUAUCACCACUAUCACCAGAACUCGCUCCUGGCAAGAAACCACAUUCGGUGGCAGAGAAAACUCACAUCUAGCACCUUUAAACACUUGUGUGAUAGAAAUUAAAGUAAGGGUGAGGACAUCCUCACAUUAAGAAUAGGCCUAGUCUCUCUCAGGUACAUGCUACUCACACAUUAUUUUGUUGUUCAGCUGCCUGUAAAAUCCUGCAUCUAAUAGCUUUCAACAGAAAGGAGGCUUCAGUCCAUGCACGCCUUUAGAUGUGCAGCAAGAUGUUAUUAGUGUUGCCGCCACCAUGCCUGCAGCUGUUGAGAAUAGUAGAUGCAUUUGUUGUUGAUGGCGUCUGAUGCUUUUACUCUGUGCAGCGCUAUCUUGCUGAGAGCUUGGAUUUGACUGGGGUCUUGAACAGAGGAGGUCCACAACAAUUCACUAAUCUAUAUCUUUGUACCGUGACUUAACUCAUUACAUCCACAGUCAGACAAGGUUAACAGCGAAACUGGAAGUCCUGGCACUGGCUUAAUAUUGCCUGGAAACAGUGGAAGAAGCAACACAGAGGAUGUACACACUGUACAUGGAUAUUGCUGUCUUGGUUCGGAGCCUUGUUCACAUAUCUUGGUCCAACCUUGGUUUCAUGUUCAUGUGUCCAGGCAUACUCGUUAGUCUCCAGGGACACUCAAACUUUCCAGACUUUCCGGGCCUGAUCUGAUCAGGGCAUCUCUGCAUCUCAUCGUCUUCCUGCAGCAUAGUGAGAUAGUCAUGGUUCAGAUGUUGGUGGGUCUGUAAAUACCUCUGUUUGCAUUUCCCAAACUUUAGCCUCUGUUGGCUGUCAUGAUGCAUCUCUCUCCAAUAAGAGCGCUCCUUUUUGACAGUUGUGUUUGGUAUUGUUCACUGCUGUGAUACUGUGUUUCCUUGUGUUUGUGGUUAUUUUACUAUUCCAGCUUGUUUUCCUUUAUCUAAUGCAUUCAUUCCCUUUAGGUUUUGUAAAGCACUUGGUAGCUGUGUUUUGAAAAAUGCUACUUAAAGUUUGCAGGCCAGUAUUGCCAUUUCAAGGGAUUUCACCCAAGUAAAUGUUAAGUUUAAAGAAAAAAAUGUUACUGUUCAUUUCAGUCUGCUGUUUGGGCAUAGUGUAUUCAGUUAAGUCUGCAUUUUAUAAAGUUCUUCACACACACAAUAUUUAGUAUGUUAUAACUUACUGUAUAUGUUAAACCAAAAUGAAGAGUCAAGUGUUGUGCUGUUCAAAUACUUGCAAAGUAUACUGUACAGUAUAUCUGGAAGUGAUCGUACGAACCCUUUUAUUGUGAUGACGCUUUAUUUUGUUCUUACCCAGCCAGUCCUACGUCAAAUUUCCGUCCUUCCAGUUUACUGGUUUCCAUACUCCACCCAGGGUGUUUUCCUUUUCUUUUUUUUUAAAUUCUGGUAAAGUGAAUUCAGUGAACAAUUUGGCAUUUUCAUACUAUUUAGGAUGUUGAAUAUCUGUAAAGUGCACUUAUUUCCCUUUAGGACUGGAUAUUCUGUAACUGCAUCACACAGGGAGUAUAAACACCUGUGUGAAUUUUCUGGUUUUGACCAUUAUAAACAUUUUACACAUCAAAUAACAAGACUAAUAUGAUUUAAUAUGGUCUGUCAUGAAUGUUUAUGUGUUGAAUAAAAUAAAUAAUGAAAUAAAGGCUUC